ACCAAAACUGAUUCCACUUGGACUAGAACCAAACACAGAGACCUAGCCAGGGCCAGUGGGAACCUUGAGGGUCUUCCCAGUCAGAUAAAAGUUGGUCGAUGGUCCCGCCACUCCAGGAUUGUCACCGCUAACCGGGACUUGUUUGAGGGCAUGGGAUCGGAUGUAGCCGGCAUAGGGUUAUUUGAGGCUACCCCUGCAGUGGACCCAAUGCUGAUGGAAAACUCAGAGCGUAUUCUGAGCAAGGUCCAAACAUUGGCCCGGAUGUACAGUGCCAAAGCCAGCACCAUGAAGGUCCCACUGCAUCAGAAACGGGCCAGCGCUGUAUGGAACCAAACAUGGGACUACAGUAGACUGUCUGGACACUCAAGUCAGACCCAAACUGAAAGCCGGACACAGGUUCAAACUCUGACGCAAUUACAGACCCCAACUAGGUACCAGCAGCAAAGACAAUACCACAUGGAAGUCAAUCAAUCACAUACCCACUCCAAGUCCAAAUAUGGAACCAAAACUCACCCCGAGACCAAAGUUCAGAGCCAAACUAUAACACAAACAGGGCAGCAAUCGCAGAUCCAAACUAAAACCCAGAACCAAACCAAGACUUAUAGCCAAUACCAGACCCAAACCAUGAGCCGGGAGGACCAAACCAUCCAGGAGAAGAGGAUGAUAAAGAGAGCAGGAAGCCUGACAAAUGAUUUUCAGGAGGAAGUGCUGGCACCCGUUGAGCCUCUGCUGUUUGGACAUGUGUUUGUCAAGGAGCAGCUGACCCCGGCCUGUACAAACCAGACAAAUGGUUUCACCCUCUCCAGGCCCAGAGACUUCAUCUCUGCUUUGACUAAGGAAAGAGACUCCAUUGUGGGCUGUAUAUCAGGUGACAACAACCAGACUUCCACCAGGCCUGGGGAAAGUCUACCAACUUCGAGAAUAGAUCCAUCAUCCAGUCAGGCUCAGGCAAACAACUUCAACCCCGGGUACACCUCUACUGACACGUCCAUGGCUUCUACAGCAUUAGGGCAUCACCUCAGAACACACCCUGAAGAGCCUAGCUCCAGUUUGUGUUUCUCUUCCAGUAACACCCAGUUGACCUCAGCCAUGAACUCGGAUUGUAGAGUCACCGAGUUCAGGGACUACUGCUCUAAGCGGGAGGUCCAUUCAAAAACGGAAGAGAGGGAGAAAAGGGAGGGGUCGGAGGAGCUGAGUGACCUGAGUGGCCCUGUUUAUUUAGUCAGAGAAGAAUCAACAUCUAUAAACAUGAUUACUCAGCCAGCACACUUUGAGCCAAAUAUCUCUGCUCACAGCAUACCACAGUGGGAAAUUUCCAAAUAUGGAGAUGAGCAGGACAAAUAUGAGCAGGAUAUAGCAGCUGCUCAAUGUAUACAAGAUAAACAAGCACCAGAAUACAAAAUGUCCACAGGACACACUGACAACAAGGAUGGGAGUGUUUGCUUGGUUUGUCCAGGACCCAUGGAUGGAGAGGCAUCCCCGGGAGAGAUAGUUCUGAUGGUAGCGACUACACAGAGUCAGGCUCCAACAGAGUACCACAAAUCUACUACAAAGCCAGGACUGGGCGGAGAUCAAUCCCAGAGGGAAUCACUUUACCUAGCGGAGGGAGGCGCCACUGCCCUGGGAUCCUCCGGUGGGCCACAGAAAGAUGAGCCCCCAAGCAUUCAGAUGAAACUAAAUGAGACAAAGUAUGAUUCUUCCUCACAAACCAGGAUGAUUCUUCAAGGUUCAGCUGUGGUCUUUACGGAAGAGACCCCUUAUUUCAGGUCCUCAGGAGAACUGGUUGCAACCCCAGACGAUCACAAAGCAAGAGCACCAAGUCCAUGCUCAUCGGUUCAAAACUCUGAAUCAAAUCCUACCCGACCACGUGUUCCUUCGGUGCAGUCUGCCGACUGUCUACCAACAUUCACCAGCCAGAAGCCGCAGAACCUACCCACUGCUAUGGGUAAACGGGCUCUGUCUAACUCCAGUUGCAGGGAACCAGGGCAGCAGGACUCACAAUCCCCAACCAGCCUGCCAUUUUCCAGCCGCCCAUCAGGCAGCCGCCCAUCUUCCAGACCCUCCUUGGAGACAUCCAACCUGGUGGAGAGACCUUACCCGGCCAUUGCCACCCCUGGCCAGAACACAGAUCAGACCUCAGCCUUUAGACCCAGCCUCAGGCACCGCUCCCCCUCCCCUGUUGGAGCUCUCCCUUCCACACCUCCCUGCUCCUCACCCUUCAGGGUUAUUUCAGCAUCAUCACCGACCCCUGUAUCUGCUGAAGAUGCCUCCCUAAACACCGUCUCCGGGACUCUUCCUUGUUUCUCUCCUACUCCCUCUUUUGGCAGGGGUUCCUCGCUGCGAGCUCGCCCUGCCUCCCCUUCUGCACCCUCCUCUCCUUUCACUCCCUCGUCCUCUUCCUCUGGGAGGUCAUCAUCCAUACGAGCAGGUCCUCCUUCCUCCCCUACACCAUCUUCCUCUUCUCUGCGAUCUCCCCCCUGUACCUCCCCCAUUGCUUCUUCCUCUGCAUUCACCAGAUCCUUAGCUGCCUCCUGUAUUAGCCAGUCCAUCAGUCAGAGUAUGGCGAGAAAGAACAAUGCCCUGCAACAAGCCCCACCCAUAAACACAGCAAACCAAAGCCCUUCCUCCACAUCAACCUUACCCUCCUCCCAUCUACAACGGCGCUCCCCUUCACCUAAACUCCCUCCGAGUCAGCAGGGCUCGAGCACGCCUGCGUAUGCCCAGCUGGGGUGUGCUAAAGAUGGGUACCAACAUCCAAGGGGUCUGACGUCCUCUCUCUGGUCCUCUUGCCCUUCUCCAUCUCCCAUGCAGUCACCUCCUCCCUCUCUUUCCCAACGCUCCCCCUCUCCGUCCAUGACUCUGACCAAUCAUCAGCCUUCUUCUCCUUCCCCUCGUCCCUCAUUCCUUCACUCCAAAACGGACUCGUCACAGAACGCAAACAACAACAACAAUAAUAGCGGUGGCAUAAACGCAGCGAAUAGCAGUGUGAGUAAUACCAGUAGCUGUAGCUUUUACCGUGCCAUGAGUAAUGGAUUUUCGUCCGGAAGUCCACAGAAGGCACCGCUAGCUAACGGUAGCACUAACACCACAGCAAUGCAACAAACCCCUGAUCCUCUCUGGUCGGGGUCACACAAUCGUGUAGCUCGGCCUUUUUCUGCAUCCGAACCCAGCUCACGAGUUCAGUCCCCAUCUCCCUCUCCAACCCUUGCCUCAUUCCCUCAACUCUGCUCCCCACCUCCUCAACAUAAUUACUCCUCCCCGAUGGCGAACAAACCUCCCCACCCCCGGAGUACACGGGUAGGAGGUGCCAGUUCCCAUAAUCCACUCGGGCUCACUUUGGAGCUACCAAGGACCUCUUCAGCAAGUUCAGCAUUUGGGCUGUCUUCGUCGUGUCUAAGCCCUCGGAUCCUCUCCCCGCCUCCUAUUGGCGUGUCAGUGAAUGCUUGGACAAAUAAUGUUGCAGCACCUCAACCCAGAAACCCUCGAUAUGCUUCCGCCUCUCCCGCUCUUUCCUUUUCUUCCUCAUUAGGCUCACCAACACUGGAGAAUGCCUCUUUCCCCACUUCCAUUUCUUCUUUGCGUAGUUCCAGAGCAUCUUCCCCUUCCGCAACCUGUCCUCCUGCAACCUCCCAAACCCUCCGUAGGUCUUUCUCCUCCAACCUGGCAGACAGAUCCCCUAGCCCAGCCCGGAGCAACCCUAGUGGACUGCGCCGCUCUUGGGCAGACAGCAGCCGCAGGUCCCUUGGUUUCAGUGGUAGUGGCCAAGGGUCCUUUGACCAGCAGGAGUCCUGUCCAACCAGUCCAAGGAGUGGGUGGUCCUCAUAUGGCAGCUCACCAUCCUGCCUUAGCCCUCGAGCUGGGCUUCAAUCCCCACUGUCACCUGGCCGGCUUACCCCAGGGAAGGGCACCCUUGGUGGGCAGCAUUUCACCAGCGUGCCCUGGCCAGACGUACGAGAGCUUUCAAACAAAUAUAAUGGAACUGAUAGCCUUGAUUCAAGUGCCACUUCCACUAUCAUCACCUCCCCUCCUGUUCCUCUCUCCUCGCUCUCCCACACCCUCCUCUCCUCUCCUGUUCCAUCAGACAGACUAACAGAAUGGGGAGACCCAGAGCUAGAAGAGGGUAGCUGUCGUAGCCAGCUGAUCUGCGCCUACGUUGCCCGGCCCUCCUGUGUACAAAACCUCUCUUCCUCAUGCAUGGUUCUCUCUUCCUCGGGCAUGACAUCCCCUCCACCUGCAUGCUACCAACACCACAACUUCCAAUCCACAACGCCUCCUCUACCUUCAAUCUCUUCCCCCUUGCCCUUGACCUCACCCCAACUACCAUUCGCCCAUUCAUCUCCUACCAAACAGGGAAACCAGAAGACCAGUUAUGCCACCACGGUUAACCUCCAAAUUGCUGGAAGUGGCCGAAUAACCUCCUUCAGCACCGCCCAAGUUAGCCUGACCCAAACCCUGCAGGGUGGAGCCGAAGCCAGAGGACCGGGACAGGGGCAGAUGACGAGGCGAGUAAGCAUCAAUGGACUUUCACACCUUCCUUCCCCUCUUCCUCAGAGCUGCAACAGGCUAUGAAAGAGAGAAGUCUUUCUUUCAUGGCCGUACAAAACAAGAAGGGCCAAAAGUAAAAGUAAUGGAAGUUGUUGUGUAACUGCUGGUUUCAGUUGGCCCAGGCGUCCAGAUAUGUUCGCUGGCUUGUCGUGAGCCAUAAACCCCUGUAACUCCACAAGUCCUCCAUGCUGAAAAUUACCUUUAUCAAAUGGCAAAGCAUGGGGGACUUCAACUUGGGACAAAGUCCACAUCUGAGGGACGUAAUGAAUGUUGUCAACCCUAUUCAACACUGAUUCCCCACAGCGUGAUGGGAUGCAUUUGGGGUUGUAUGUAAUGCUGACUAAACUUUGAAUCUUGGUAACUUUUGGGAAAGCUUUGUAUCCUUGCAUUGAACAGAUGACCUUUCAAGAAUGGACAUUAAACCUGCAUAUGGCUUGUAUUUUUAGAUCUGGGCUAAUGACUUUGAAUUGGAUGCCAAUGGAAUUGCUUUAAAGAUCCUAAUAUUGUAAAAAGUAAAGAAAUACGUUGCAAUCAAUGUAAAUAAAUCACCCACCGAUGGAUGUGAUAAAUUCGUGAAUGCGCCAGUCUAAGACUCUGAUAACACAUCUGAUCUGAAGUCUGUUCAGCGCUGAGUUCACUUUCUGAACGUCUCUGGACUCUUUCUGUGGAUCCGCUGACGUUUUUGAGGAACAAUUAAUUUGACAAACUUUUGUAAUACACGCUUAAAUUAGUAACUUUUAUCUUAGCAUUUAUUGAGCUGGAUUACAUUAUGUUUUUUGCUAAUACUGCAAACACAGACCCGUUGAAAGUCAAGUGUCCGACCAGUGCUGUAUGCAAUCAUAGUUACUUAUUGUAUUAUUAUUAUUUUGGUAUGUUUGUUUGCUGUUUUUUCUUUUAUAUUCUGUUGAACAAACAUGUCAGGCUAUCUGAGGCCAGUGUUUAAGGUUGGUGAUAACUGUGGUUAUUAAUAAUCUGUCUUUUUAACCAUUUUAUAAUUCUUUUUAUUUUAUUGUUUAUUUAUGAGGUUAGUCUUAUUCUCUUUGGCACUUAUUAUCCUUAAAGUAAUGUCGGUAUUUUGCACAGUGUCCUGAGCUUUUGGGUGCAUGCUUCAAAGUGUGUGUAUGUGUGAGCGUUUGUGCAUGUGUGUAUCUGAAAAUGACGCGUCUGGUAAAUUCUCCUUUAACUUCAGACCAGGCCAAUAUCUGUGUGUUUUGAAUGCUGUGUCUGUUCCCAUAUUGAUGUACGUAGUUGGUUCAUUGACUUUACCCUCUCUUGUGUUGUCAGUGCCCUUCAGAGAACUCCACUUGUUUUUCAAAAGUUGUAAAAGAAUGUCAUUAGGUGGAAAAUACAGAAUAGGAUGAAAGGUUUUGCUUUAAAUCAACACAAAGGUGACGUAUGGACUCUUUCGUUAACAGUUGAUGAUUAAUGCAAAAGGCUUACAGUGUUCAAUUUAUGUUUGCCAAUUAGGCAAGGCAAGGCAGCUUUAUUUGUAUAUAGCACAUGUCAGCAAGUGCUUUACAUAAAACUUAAAAGAGCAGUUAAAAAAUGUGUUAAAGAGAAUAUAAAAACAGUUAAAAUAGAUAUGACAGGUAUGAAAAACAGGACUAAAACUUACAGUAUAGUGUAAUAACUGAACAAUUACUUAAAGAAAGGCAGUAUCAAAAAGAAUCAUCUUCACCUUUGAUUUAAAAGAACUGAGAGUUGCAGCAGACCUGCAGUUUUCUGGGAGUUAAUUCCACAUAUGUGGAGUAUAAAAACUGAACGCUGCUUCUCCGUGUUUAGUUCAGACUCUAGGGACAGAAAGCAGCUCUGUCCCAGACCGCCUGAGAGGUCUCUUCUUAAGGUCUUUUCAGACGGGGAGCGAUUGUCACGCAGGCAGUCUGGCACAAUCCGAUAAAAUUGUCGAGUUCGUGAUUAUCGCACACACACCUGCUGCAACAGUUGAACUGUCUUGAACUUUUCCUUGCGCGAGCAGACAUACACAUUGGAGUUUUUGCUUGUCAGAUGGCACAAGACUGGAUUUAUAGGGUAACGUCACGUUUGAACUUAAAAGAGGCUGUAGAUCUACGACUGUGCUAAUUUAGCUAACUUUAGCUAUCAACAUUAACAGUCUGUGGCUAACUCAAGACGCAAGUGUGUUGGAAGCGUUUCUAGGUGAAAUAGAAUAGGAAAAGAUGUUUAUAUGUCAUUUUGACACAAAUACAUAUUA